UCCUCUUCUCCUUGCGGCCGCAGAGCCGCAGACGUAGCAGGUGAGGUGGGCCCCAGGGGCGAGGAUCUGCCUGGUCCGCCUCGGCCUUGCGGGCGGCAGGGUCCCCCGCCCCUGCCCUCAGGUCUGAAAAGGUUGGCAGCGCCCGGCCCUACGCGGUGGCUGCCUGAACCUGCCUCUGUCUCCUUUGGGUCGUGCGAGACCAUUCAGGAAAGGUUCCGCAGAGGAAGGGGCCGCUAGUUCACUCGGGUGACAGAACUGUCAUCCCCUGUUUGAGGAGCGCCUCAUUGCACGUGCGUCCACCUCGUCUUUCUCGGACUCUUCCCUUCUCCCGAGAGCGGCCUCAGUAUCUGCAUCUCCGGCAGCUUCUGCCCAGAAAUCUGAUUGGAGUUGGAGGGUGAAAAGAAAAAAUGGAUUCUUUUUCUAACUUACCUGCAGAGAACUUAACCAUUACAGUCAAUAUAACCAAGACUUUGUCUACAACAGUCCCGCAUGGAUUUAAUGCCACAAAUGACCCACCUUCAAUGUCAAUAACAAGGCUUUUUCCAGCCUUACUAGAAUGCUUUGGCAUAGUCCUUUGUGGCUAUAUCGCAGGAAGGGCCAAUGUCAUUACGUCAACACAGGCCAAAGGACUAGGAAAUUUUGUUUCCAGAUUUGCACUUCCAGCUUUAUUAUUCAAAAACAUGGUUGUACUUAAUUUUUCUAAUGUGGAUUGGUCUUUCCUAUAUAGUAUAUUAAUUGCCAAAGCAUCUGUGUUUUUCAUUGUAUGUGUAUUAACCUUAUUGGUUGCCAGUCCUGAUAGUCGAUUUAGCAAAGCUGGAUUAUUCCCUAUUUUUGCUACACAAAGUAAUGACUUUGCAUUGGGAUACCCUAUAGUUGAAGCUUUGUAUCAGACUACGUACCCAGAAUAUCUCCAGUACAUUUAUUUGGUGGCACCAAUAUCUCUUAUGAUGUUAAACCCUAUAGGGUUUAUCUUCUGUGAAAUCCAGAAGUGGAAAGACACGCAAAAUGCUUCUCAAAACAAAGUGAAAAUCGUGGGACUAGGACUUCUGCGUGUACUACAGAACCCAAUAGUAUUUAUGGUCUUCAUUGGCAUUGCCUUCAAUUUUAUUCUUGAUCAAAAAGUACCCAUAUAUAUGGAAAAUUUUCUUGAUGGACUUGGAAAUUCUUUUUCUGGAUCAGCCCUAUUUUAUCUUGGUCUUACAAUGGUAGGAAAAAUAAAGAGACUGAAGAAGUCAGCAUUUGUGGUACUGAUUCUUCUCAUCACAGCGAAACUCCUGGUGCUGCCACUUCUGUGCAGAGAAAUGGUGGAACUCUUGGACAAGGGCGACAGUGUAGUGAACCACACAAGUUUAUCAAAUUAUGCAUUUCUGUACGGUGUCUUUCCUGUAGCACCAGGAGUGGCUAUCUUUGCAACACAGUUCAACAUGGAAGUAGAGAUUAUAACCUCAGGGAUGGUAAUUAGCACAUUUGUGUCUGCUCCAAUCAUGUACGUUUCUGCCUGGUUACUGACCUUUCCCACUAUGGACCCUAAGCCAUUGGCAUAUGCCAUCCAGAAUGUUAGUUUUGAUAUAAGUAUUAUAAGCCUGGUCUCCUUGAUCUGGUCUUUGGCUAUCCUCCUUUUGAGUAAGAAGUAUAAACAGCUUCCUCAUAUGCUUACGACUAACUUACUCAUUGCUCAGUCUAUUGUCUGUGCUGGAAUGAUGAUAUGGAAUUUUGUUAAAGAAAAAAAUUUUGUUGGACAAAUUUUGGUGUUUGUUCUAUUAUACAGCUCCCUGUAUAGCACCUACCUGUGGACAGGCCUUCUAGCCGUUUCUUUAUUUCUUUUGAAAAAGCGAGAGAGCGUACAAAUUCCUGUUGGCAUCAUCAUCAUAUCGGGCUGGGGAAUUCCUGCCCUACUUGUUGGUGUUCUUUUGAUAACUGGAAAACACAAUGGAGAUAGCAUUGACUCUGCCUUCUUUUAUGGAAAAGAGCAGAUGAUCACCACUGCAGUCACCCUGUUCUGCAGCAUUCUGGUGGCCGGGGUGUCGCUGAUGUGCAUGAACCACACCACCCAAGCAGGACGCUAUGAAGGUUUCAACCAGUCUCAGAACCACAAAGCAGCAGAGCCUACUGGGAACACUGCUUUUGAGGAGAGUCCAGCACCAAUAAAUGAACCAGAACUUUUUACAAGUUCUGUUCCAGAAACAAGUUGCUGUUCCUGCUCCAUGGGAAAUGGUGCAUUACACUGCCCAUCAACAGAGACAGUAGCAAACAUAAGCACCAGUGGGUCUGUGACUCCUUCAUUUGAGAAAAAUGAUCAUUGUGUGAGUCGCUGCAACUCUCAGAGCUGCAUAUUAGCCCAGGAAGAAGAACAGUAUCUGCAGAGCGGGGACCAGCAACUGACUCGACAUGUGUUGCUGUGUUUACUUCUCAUUAUUGGCCUGUUUGCUAAUCUUUCCAGUUGUCUAUGGUGGCUAUUCAACCAAGAACCUGGAAGACUGUAUGUUGAGUUACAGUUUUUCUGUGCUGUGUUUAACUUUGGCCAGGGAUUUAUUUCAUUUGGAAUCUUUGGCCUGGACAAACAUUUAAUCAUCCUACCUUUCAAAAGAAGACUUGAAUUCCUAUGGAACAAUAAGGAAACAGCAGAAAACAGGGACUCUCCUGUUUCUGAGGAAAUAAAAAUGACAUGUCAACAGUUUAUCCAUUAUCACCGUGACCUCUGUAUCCGAAACAUUGUCAAGGAAAGAAGGUGUGGUACAAAGACUUCUGCUGGGACCUUCUGUGGCUGUGACCUGGUGAACUGGCUCAUCGAAGUGGGCCUUGCCUCUGACCGGGGUGAAGCUGUGAUAUACGGAGACAGACUGGUGCAAGGAGGAGUCAUCCAGCAUAUUACCAAUGAAUAUGAAUUUCGGGAUGAGUACUUGUUUUACAGAUUUCUUCAGAAGAGUCCUGAACAGAGUCCUCCUGCCAUUAACAUAAGCACUCCCCGACAGGAAAUAUAUAAGGAGACUGAGCACUCACCUCCAUCCUCACUUUCCCCUAAGACCUAACUUACGAUGGAGAGAACCCACAGGGAAUCUCAUUCUAGCCCAAGAUCUGCUGCUUGUGAGAGAUAUUAUCUUGGGCAAGUUUCAACCUCUUGGAACCUCAGUUGUGUCUUCUGUGAAAUUUUACAAGAUGCAUUUCCAUCUCAUGCUCGUAAUGUUCUAUGAUUUUAUGUAUAUGUAAAAUAUUAACACAUAGAAAACUGACAGGAAAAAGAGAAAACCAAAUCAAAAUGUAAAGUUCUGGUAAUGAAUGUAAUAACCUACUACAAAGUAAUAUGCCAACAUUCUAAAAUCAUUGCUUUCUGCAAGUGUUUGCUAUCGUUUCAGAAUCUCCAUCCAAUGAGCUUUCCUUUAAAUUGCCAGAUUUGGCAGGUAUACUACAGGCAAGGAAUGGACCUUUAAUUAUAACUUAACAUUUAUUGACAGCACCUUCUAAAAGGAAUUUUAAUGAUUCUAAAAGGAAGUUUUUCUUAUUUUCCCAUUUCACUGACAAAUAGCACUCAUUUAAAAACUAGAAGCACUAGUUUUUAAGGUUUAUCUUUUUCUUGCUUUUCUAUCUAAAGUUUUAAUCUGUACCAUUACGAAAGAAAUAAGAACUUCCAUAAAUACUAUCUCAACAACCGUUCCACAGAAAUAGUCUUUCAUGUUUAUACUACAAGUAAUAAUUUGAGCUGAUUCAUUUAAAUGUUUUAAACAGAAUGACUGCCGUGUGAAGCAUCAUUUCUGGUAUUUGCAGAUAAUACCGCAAUGCAGAAGGAUAACUUUACUGCUUGUUCCCUUUAGUUAAAAUUUAAAAAUUUUAACUAUAUAGAUCAAACCAAGAUCUUAAAACUCAAAAUCUAGAAUCCUACAUUACAUUUAGAAUUUAAUAUUUUUUAUUGUCCAUGUAUGAAAAUCUAUAAACUUUAAAAUUGCUAAAUGUUGCCCACUAUCUUAGUCCAUUUAGGUUACAAUAGCAAAAUACCAUACAAUGGAUAGCUUAUAAACCACAGAAACUUAUUUCUCACAAUUCUGGAGACUGGGAACUCCAAGAUUAAGGCAUUGGCAGAUUGGGGUGUUUGAUGAGGGCUCAAUUUCUGGUUCAGAGAUAGUACCUUCUUGCUGUGUCUUCACAUGGAUUCUGGUGUCUUCAGCUCCUUAUAAGGAUACUAAGCUCAUCAUGAAGGCUCUGUCCUCAGGACCUAGUCACCUCCCAAAGAUCCCACCUCCUAAUACUAUCACACUGGGGAUUAGGUUUCAACAUAUGAAUUCUAGGAAGACACAAACAUUCAGAUUUAUGAACCUUCAGAUAAUAUUUAUCUUAGUAAAUUAAAAAGACAUCUAUUCACAUGACCUUUGAACAUCUAAUUAAUUAUAGGUGUCAAUGUUGGUUUAACUUACUUGAAACUCAUUUCAAAUGUUUAUUUAUCUCAUACUUUCAGUAGCUCAUAUAUAAAAGCUCUUUCAAACAAUCUAUGGGGUUAGUGUCAUUGUCCUUCUAAUGCAACAAAUACAUAAUUUUUUUUAAAAAAUCUGCAUGGAUGUAUAGUGUAUUUAAUAUGUAAAUUACCCUUUAGUAUUAACUUAUACCAAUUUUAAGUUAUAACUAGGGAACAGGGAUGUUUUUAAGCAGAACUGUCUUGCUGUGGGACUUUUAAAUUUUACUAUGACCCCAUCAUAACUCUCUAAAUACCCAGGAGUAAGUGUAAUGCCUCAUUGCUGUAUCAGGAGGCUUUUAUCAUUAUGGUAAUAAAGAUAUUAAUUCACCCUGCAUGCAGGCAACUCGGACUCAAGUGGAGAAUAUACUUUGUGAACAAGUCAUGCCACAUUUGUUUUGUUAUUUGCACGAACAAAAUCUGCAACAUCUUUUCCAUGGGAGACACUAAAAGAUAACUAUGGAUCAGAAUGAUCUGCAGUUACAAAUAAUGAAAACUUUCAUGAAAUGUUUUUAGAAUUAAGGAUAUGCUAAUUUUGUUAAAUGAAAAUAUUUGUAACUGUUACUUUCUCACUGACAAAGCAAGUUUCUCAAUAAAAUGCCUAUUUUAACUGA